AAGGAUGGGCGGGGGAAACUGAGUCUUCUAACGGGUUGGUGUAGCUGAAAGCCAAGUGUGGUGCUGACAGACCCAGUGUGUCCAAACUGCCGCGGCAUCUCGCGGCUCCUCGCGUCGCAGGCGUAACUGCGGGUGGAGGCGCCCAACGCCGCAGGAGUGACGGGAGAUCGGAAGGAGCCGGAGGGCGUCGGGAGCGUGGAGUCGGUGCAAAAGAUGGAAGGCCUGUCUGAUGUUGCAGCUUUUGCGACUAGACUUAAAAAUACUCUCAUCCAAUACCACAGCAUUGAGGAAGACAAGUGGCGAGUUGCUAAGAAAAUGAAAGAUGUGACAAUUUGGAGAAAACCUUCAGAAGAAUUUAAUGGAUACCUUUUCAAAGCCCAAGGUAUUAUAGAUGACACUGUCAAUAGUGUAAUAGACCAUAUUCGUCCAGGACCCUGUCGCCUGGAUUGGGACAGCUUAAUGACUUCAAUGGACAUUUUGGAGCAAUUUGAAGAGAAUUGCUGUGUGAUGCGUUACACUACUGCUGGUCAGCUUUGGAAUGUAAUUUCCCCAAGAGAAUUUGUGGAUUUCUCCUACACUGUGGGAUACAGAGAAGGGCUUUUAUCCUGUGGAAUAAGUCUUGACUGGAAUGAAAAAAGACCAGAAUUUGUUCGUGGAUAUAACCAUCCCUGUGGUUGGUUUUGUGUUCCACUUAAAGACAAUCCAAGCCAGAGCCUUUUGACAGGCUACAUUCAGACCGAUCUGCGUGGAAUGAUUCCUCAGUCUGCAGUAGACACAGCCAUGGCUAGCACUUUAGUCAACUUCUAUGGUGAUUUACAAAAAACCUUACUAAAGGCUUAACACAUUCAAACUAUGUUUCCCUAAAUCAACUUUCUCUAAGCUGCAUGACCUGUAUAAAUCAUCUUUUCUUCUCUUCUGCAUAAUAUGUAGGAAAAAAAUUGAGAUUUUUUUUUUUUAGUUUAUUUUAUUCCUAUAGUAGAUAGUUAUCUAAAAGAGGGUAUUUCAGUUUUUCUUAACAGCUUUUUUGCACAUUGUUUGGCAAAUCAGUAUGUCUUCCAAUGGACAGAAAUCCACAAAGAAGUAGACACAGUUCUUUGACCCAGACUUUUAAGAAAUUGACUAGAACCUCAGUGUGAAUAUUUUGCCAACUGGGAAAUUAGAGAAAGCACAAGCUUCAUGCUGCUAGGUAAAAUAAUCUACUUUUGGUUUAUAAACAUUUUGUAGGUAUUUUUAAAUUUUUGGAAGGUAAAUAUCAGUGCUUUAUUUUGGGUAUGGUCUGUGAGUUUGCAAUGUCUCGGACUAAAAAAAGCCCCCUUAUAUUUUAUAAAGGUGAACUUUUUGUCAAUUGACUUGCACUACUGUAAGUAUGAGAAGACCAGAUUAAACAAUAGCUAUCCUAGUAAAUAGAGGUAACAUUCAAAUUUAAUUGUUUUAAUACCUAGAUAGCUCUGUUUAGUGGAUAUCUGUAUGUUUAUGUAUAUUUAUUUUGUGAAUCUUAAAAGCAUUUUUGCAUGAAUAAGAUGGAAGCAAUAAUAUAGUAAACUGUCUAAUCUGUGCUAGGGACACCACACUGAUUAGGCAAUAUAGGUUGUGUGAGAUGACUGACCACAGCUUAUAACCAGUGAAUGGAUUCACUGAAUAAUAAAAUAUGAACAGUUUAUACAUGUCAGCUUUAAAAAUAUCACUCAAUUCAAAAUAUUACAAACCACAUAAAAAUGAUAAUUGUGCUUGUAAUUUCAGUUUGCAAUUAAAAACAUUCAUAGAUUUAGCCAAAUGUCUAAAUUAGUCAUUUUAUAAACUAAAGUGAAUUAUAAGUCCCUUGAUUCUGUGGUUGUUUACCUUAAAUUUCCCAGAUGAUUUUAAUGUUCUAUGUGACUGACUUUUUCACCCAGUUUGUUUCUUAAAGGAGAACUUGAGGCAAUUGAGUGUGUCCGUGGGAAUUCUUUGUAUGUAUCCAUGGAAAUUUUUUGUGUAUAUGACACAUCUUAAGGUCUAAUCUGGUGUUUGUUGUGAGUCCUUUAUGUAUUAUUACUGUUUCUGUGGGUUUUUUUUUUUUUGGUUGUUGUUGUUUUCCUCUAUUUAAUAUAGGCUAAAGUGAGCUCUGGAGACAUUUAUGGGUUAGGCCACAAAAAGCACAAGUGUGAGUGAGUGAGUGAAACUUUGCUAUGCUCUCCUUAAUAUAAGGAAAGUGUAAGUUGUAAUCCUUCAAGUUUAUUUUGAUAAAGUAGAAAAAUACUCCUGACCCCCCACCUGCAGGGAGGUUGCUUCACAGGCAGUGAAGCGGGUCUGCAUGCGUCUUUCUCUUCCCCCUUUGUCUCCUCUCCUCUCAUGAUUUCUCUCUGCCCUAUCCAACAACAACAACAACAUCAGUGGCAAUAAUAAACAUAAUAACAAAGGCAACAAAAUGGGAAAAAAUGUCCUCCAGGAGCAGUGGAUUCAUAGUAGUGCAGGCACUGAGUCCCAGUGAUAACCCUGGAGGAAAAAGAAAAAAGAGAUCUUAAUUUUUACUGUUAAAGAUGAUGGUUAUUGACAAAACAAAAGGUUUCAAUAUAGUACUCAGUGAAUAAUCUCAGUUUUUAUAUUGAAGAUGAUUUAUGCAAGAUCUGACUGAAGCAAUACAGAUGAUCAUAUAUAUAUAUAUAUUAACUUGAAGUAACCAUCAGUAUUAUUUUCCAACUUCACUUUGGAGUUGUACGAUUUCUCUGUACAUGUUUCUUCUGUAAUAGGGAAAGAAAACUGAGUAUUUUAGCUUUUAAGUUUCCCCUUGCACAGAUGUCUCUAAAGGUUAGUUUUUAUUUCAUCUAUUUUCUUUCAUUUGGUCUUAUUGAUACGGUAUAGGAAGUCUCUUAAGUUUUAGUAUUCUGUCUUGGAUGGUGAACUACCAGCAGAUGUCCAAUUAGACAGUGCUCAGAUUAGGUAAGGAAUUUGCAAUGAGGUUUUAUGUUGCUAUAAGGGCUAUUUUUGUAUGAGCUGGGUACCUUUACAGGCAAAUGCGUUGUCCAGUCUGUUUCUGUUCAUGUUUUAAUUUAUACCUCCAAUUGAUUGUUCCACAAUCCACUGUUGAAUGUAACCCACUGCAGGUGAAAGUAUUUGGGGGAAAAUAUUUUGUUGCUAUAUUAUGAUGUGUGAUGGGUUGAAAAAUUAUAUUUAAAGUACUUGAAAUUUAUAUUCAGCAUCAAGAUAGGUCUUCAUAUCUGCUGGGCUCUUAUUACUUAAACAGCUUUAUUGAGGGAUAGUUUACAUGCUAUACAUUUUCUAAGUAUGUGAUCCUAUCACCUUUAAUAUAUUAGUAAUCAUCUUUAAUACAUUUCUCUAUGAUGUUGGUGCACCUAUCACCACAAGCCAGUCUUAAGAGAAUUACCAUUAACCAAAAUGAUUGUUUUUAUCCAUAUCUAACCAAAGUUUAUCAUAGUGUACAGAAGAUGGUAAAAAGAUUAGAAUAGGUUUUACUUGUUUUCAAGAGUAGAGGUGUAAUUUAAUCCUAAAAUCAGGAACUUUGUGGUAGUGUAUUAAAUAUGUUAUCUCAAAUACCAUAAUGAUAAAAAAAAAACCCAUGGGAUAGGAUUAAUAUUGACAUAUAAUUAAGCUUGAUGUUUCUGUAGUGGUGCUGCAGAAUUGAAAAAUUAUGUGAACCACAGGUGUAACUUCCAAAUUUUCUAGUAACCACAUUACAAGGUAAAAGGAAAUAUUAUAAUUUUAGUUAACAUAGUUCAUUAAACCUUGUACAUCCAAGAUAAUCAUUUCAAUGUUAGUGUAAAAAGUCAUUGAUAGUUUGCAUCUUUUUUUCUCUGAAUUCUUUAAAAUCUGGUAUGUAUUUUAUUACUCCUUUGAACAAUACACAUUUUAAUUGUUAAUUUUCCACAUGAAACCUGUUUCUUGGACUGUAGCAAAGUUAUGACAUAUGUAUUAGCUGUCUUCCUGUAAUAUGAAGUAGAGAGUAUUUUGGAAUUAUGGUCCUAAAUAUAAUAAUUUUUCUCACAUUUGGAGCUUUCUCCGAUGGCUAAAUGAGAAUAUCUAGACACUAGAAAUAAGUCAGAAAAAUUAUAACCCAAAAUUUUUUUCCUUUAAUUUACUUUUGGGGGCCAGGCAGUGGCACACCCAGUUAAACACGAGGACCCAUGCCAGGAUCCAUGUUCGAGCCUCUGCUCCCCACCUGCAGGGAGGAGAGCUUUGCAAGCAUCGAAGCAGGUCUGCAGGUGUCUUUCUCUCUCCCUCCCUCUAUUUCUCCCUCUCUCCUCUCUCAAUUUCUUUCUGUUAAGUAAAAUGGAAAAAAUGGCCAGCAGGAGCAGUGGGUUCAUAGUGAAAGCACCAAGCCCCAGCAAUAGCCCUGGAGGCUAAAAAAAAUAAAAAAUAAUUUUUAAUGGGAAAUUAAUGAAAUUAAAGACUAUAAUUUGUCUUGUUUCAUUUAUUUUUUCUAGGUUGCAUUGGGAGUAGGUGCAUUUAGUAAAUAAUUGAAUAUAGUACUGUUUUCAGUAUGUGGUAUCUAUUUUUUAAAGGAAAUUAGUUUAAUGCAAGAAAAAAAACUCAUAGGUGAGUUUGCUCUGAAUAUUUUAUAUUCAGAAUCUUAAUUGCUGAGGCUUAUUUAAAAAACUCAGCAAAAAUAAUUGUGGGUAUUUAGUAUUCUGCAGUCAUGUGUCAUAUACACUGCUCAAGUAAAGUAGGUUGUAAAUGUUAAGUAUCUCUUAAUUUCAGUGUUCACUGAGAUUGGAUAUAUUUAAAAUUAUAUGUUUCUAUAUGUAAAAUUAACUUCCAGUUAUUUUUCUUUCCUCUAUUCUUUUUUCCUAUCUGAAGCGCAUUUUAUCAAAUCGCAGUUUGAAUUAAUAUCAAUCUAAAACUCCUAUAAUACAGAUUGCCUCUGGAGAAGAUAGGAAAACAUUGCCCAAUUUGGAGCCCCUAAUUGCUUAUUAAGUAUGACUACAUCCCUUUGAUGUAAAUACUUUGAUUUUGUGUCAGAAGCAUAGUUGUAUUCUUUGAAUCAGCUGUUAACAUUGUUUGGAGUCAAUGGAUAUUGUAGCUAUGUAUCAAUGCUAUGGAUCACUUAAUGGAACCCAGAAAAUUUAAGGAAUUUGACCAUUAGAACCUGUACAGUUUCUUAUUCAGAAUAUCUCCCAUGCUUUUCUUAGUUAACUUCCAGAAAUAGGGGGUGAUGGAAUCUGAGCAUGGAAGAUCAAUUAGAUUGUAACUAGAAUUUCUUUAGACAGAGAGUUUGGAAGCUGUUUUUUAAAUUCUUUAUUAUUAGAUAGAUACAGAGAGAAAUUGAGAGGGCAGGGGGGAGUUAGGGAGAGGGACAGAGACACCUGCAGCCCUACUUCACCUCUCAUGAAGCUUUCCCCUGCAGUUAGGGACCAGGGGCUUGAACCUGGGCCCUUGCACACUAUAAUGUGUGUGCUUAACCAGGUGUGCCACCACCUGGCCCCAGAACUAGAAUUUUUUUUUAUCAUUUUCCUGGUUCCAAGUAUUACACAUCUUCAUUUAUAUGAAAAUUUAUCUUGCAAUGCAGUAAAAACUAUACUUAUACUGUCUUACAGCAUUUGUGAAUAUUUUAUGAGUCAACAUGUAAAGCUAGAGUCUUUGUUAAAUCAGUGAGAUUAAUGUAAAUAAAAUGUUUUUAUUUGCUUUGAAAUAUGUCAGAAUAAAAUUCUAGACAUUCUUGAUCA